UCCCGCACCACAGAGGGCACCCCGCUCACCCCCAGGUGUCCUGGGCCGUCUGCUCUGGACACCGCCGGAAGACAGAGCCUUGCCUUACUGGCCCGCGUUGCUGGGACAGAUUUCUGAGCUCAGCUCUGACAGGGAUCAGAUUUAUGGCCGGGUUUAUUUAAAGGAGGAAGCAGCAAUAAAGCGCGGCACCCAGGGAGUGAGGAGCGAGAGCCCCGCAGGAGACAGUGAGCAGAUAAACAUGCCAGCAGCCAGAUCCUUCCGUGAUGAUAAACGGUUUCCUCCAGCCACCAGUGCGGGGUCACGCCUCUCGCUGGCCGGAACCAGUGGCCCAUCCAAAGCCACGGGCAGGACGGCCCCGGGCAGGCGCUCCCACGCCGGGACACAGCGGCUGCGGAAAUGGCCAGCGACCCGGAGGCAGGGGGCUUUCUGGCUCACCCGACUCCCCCCUGCAGCCAGGCUUUCCGGAGUCCAGGCAGUGGCAGCGCCUCGCGAGAGCACCUGCUGAAAAUUCAGAACCUCGAUGUUCUUGCCCAGCAUUCGGCAUCUGGGCUACGAAGACGGGGCCUGGAGGUCUGCAUGUUCGCGAGUGCCUCUCCUGAGCUGAACGCACAGCCGGGUUUGAGAACGUUCUGCCUUCUGGCCCCGUGGCCAGGGUUGGAAAGGGACGUGGAGGGGACGAGGCGUUUGCUCUGGCUGUGGUUGUGCAAGCAGCCUGCCACCUUAAGGAGACCUGUUGGAGGACUGCUUUCAUGCUCUUCACACCCAGCGGGACCCCCCAACCCUUCCCCGACAGGGAAUGACCCUCCUGGAGAUCCGGGGUUUCAAAAAAAAAUGCUCUUUUAAAAAUGUGUCUUUUUUUUUUUUUUUUUUAAGUAUGAAAAGAAUGUUUGGAGCCUCCCUACAAAGGAAUAAUAAGAUUAAGGGAUUUAGAGGAGACCUCGGGGGGACAGACACAGAAGUCCGGGAAAGUAAAAUCUCUUGCUCACAGAGAGCCAACAGACAGCCAAGGACGUGGGGAGCCCUGUGAGGUCUGAACUUACCCCGGCAGCCUCAUUUGGGGAUUUCAAAGUUGGCUCUCAUGGGAUGGUGAUGACAGCAAAGACAGGACAGGCCGCCCCGGGCCCGCCGCACCCUCUCCUUGCUGCCCGCCGCAGCGGAAAACAAAGCAGUGAGAUGGGCGGUCCGUCCAGCUCUGGCCUCUCUCUUCCUGGAUGCACAGCUGAUCUGCACACCCGUCUUACUUGCACUUAGUGUGGCCGUGGCCUGAGCAUGGAAACGCCCCAGGCCUGGCCCGUCAGCAACUCUGCGGGGGCAUCUGGAGGAAGAUUCUGAAGCCCCAAGAGGACCACAAGCCGGAAGGAGCCUGGGUCUCCGAAUGAACUCCUGGAGUAGACUCUGCCCGCAGUUCCUGCUGCCAACCUGCACUGAACUGGAAAUAAGCCUUUAAUGUGCGAAGCCACGAACGUUUGGGUCAUGAAUAGCAACGGUCCUCUCACGGCUCUGAGCUGAUGGUCAUGGCCACAGUCAGCCAAGUUCUCAUCUGGGGAAACAAAGCCCCUCGUUGUCGGGGGCAGGUGCACCUCAAUGGUCCAAGGUCACCGUCCAGGACCCAGGGAGGCAAGCCCCAGAGCCCCCAACUCUGACCCCUCGUUGAGGAGAAGUCGAGAUUCAGAAACAUGGGAGGAGCACCCCAGGUUGCCGGCUGGUAAUUCAGGGGAGCGGGCACUUGAACCACCGUCUUGGCCUCCAGAGCCCGUGCUUUGUGACCAUUUCGCAAUCCUGGGGAACUGGAGGCGCAGCCAUGAGCGUCCUGGUUCCGUGCAGCCCUCGGGGGCCAGCCUCCGUCUUCCCCGGCCUGGGGUCUCUUGGGGACGACCCCACUCGCACACAGCUGGGUUGCUCCUGAGUCUGUGGCUGGCCAGUGCGGUGGGGUUUGCUGUCAGACCUGUCCCCCAGGGUCACACCUCUGCCCUGUCCAGAUGCACCUCAGGCUCCCCGGCUGCGGUCGGCUUGCUCAAGGGGGGCAUGUGUUGGAUGGAGAGUCAGGAGCGGGGAUCCGGCCCCUGGAGGGACUCUGUUCACCGAGUCCCUGCCUCUCCUGCUGGCCACCACCGGGCCUCCCUCCAUGUGGCAGCCCCACCCACCCCAUCCCUACCUCACAGCCCUUCUGCCCGGAACUUUCUUCCCAGCUUCCUCCAGACGCCCCCCGCCGGCCUCUGCUCUGUCACUUCCGAGAGGCCUCCCUCCCACAUCAUUUUGCCACCCUCAGAGCAGUUCUGGACAGAAAGAGAAGACCCUGCUGACCUCCCCAGGCCCCCGGCAUGUCCGGUCCUCACGUCGAGCAGAAACAAGGCAGUCAGCACCCGGACUCCGGAGUCUCCUGCGUCCGGCGGAGGCGGGCGGACCUUCCCUGCACAGGCUCAGGCCCCUGGGAGCCCGUCCUCGCCCCCCAGCACCUGGGGGAGUGUCUCUUCUUCUGGGGGAGUGUCCCCACGGCCUCCCUGUCAUCCGCCUCCCCCCAGGCACGCUAGCCCUCCGCUCUCGCCCCAGCCUGCCUCUGUGGGUCCCUUCCGCCCGCAGCGCCCCAGGGCGGCCUCCUUCCCAGCCACCCGGUCCGGACUUACGUGUGAGCCCGCGGAGAUGCUACCCUGGCAGCCUCUCCUUCGGGACCUGUUCCUGCUCUUGGCCACUCUGCCUCCCCCAUCACGCCCUGCUGCAGGCCUCCUGUUUACGUGUGGACAGGAGUCUGAGGGGGUCGGAGUGGAUUGAAGGGCGGUGACCCCCCAAAGAACAGUCCUCAUCCUAAGCCUCGUAACCUGCAGGCAGGGCCUUAUGGGGGGGAAGGUCUUUGCAGGUAUGACUCAACUGAGAACAGAGAGCUGACUCCUCCUGGAUGUUUGGGGGGACGGUGUUAAAUCCAAAGACUGUGUCCUUACAAGGGAAAGGAGGGGGGACCGAGGACGGGCCAUGUGACCACGGAGGCAGAGGCUGGGGGGACUCCUGGGGCCCCAGAGGCUGGAAGAGGCAGGAAGGACCCCUGGCGGGGCCUCUGGAGAGAGUGCAAUCCUGUUGGAAGUUUGAACACACCUUGAUCUCAGACCCUGGCCCCCGGGCUGGGAGGGAGGCAGCUCGUGUGGCUGUGAGCCCCCGUCUGUGCCCCUUUGUGGCAGCCACCCCAGGAUACGGAGAGGAAGCUGUGCCCACUCUUCCAGAAUGUUGGCCCAGCAGCUCCCUCUCUGUGGGGUUGAGUACGGGGCGAGGGCUGAGCCAGCAGCAGCGGCGGGACCCCCACAACAGACCAGACCCGACGGAAGGGAGUCUCCAGGGCAGUGGAGUAAGGUUACCCCGUGGCCGGAAGGGGCGAGAAAGGCACAGGCGCCUGUGUGAUGCUCAUGCAGGGGGAGAAGGAGCAGCGUUGUAGGGGAAGAGGGCGCGACCCGUCUGCCGUCUGUCUGGCCUCAGGGAGGAGCGGUCCCCGAGCUGCCUCGAGGUGUGAGCAGAGCUCAGGAGCCGGCACCUCUGGAACGCCUGGCAGCUUGCUUCCCGAGAGCCAGCAAGGCGCAGAGUCUCUGACUUGCCGGGUGGGGUGGGGUGGGGGCCUUGGGCCUCUUUUGCAGUUCGCCUGAUUAGGUCAGGCCCACGCUGGCUGACUCCUGGAUGAACCCAAAGUCGACAGAUUAGGGAUUUUAAUGAUAUCCGCGAAGUCCCUCUGCCUUUGCCCUAUCCUGCUCCGCACUCACAGCCGUGAUGUCACAUCCCGUCUGCCACUUCUGUGGGCUGCAAGUAGGCCCCAGGACUCGCCCAGGCUCAAAGGAUCAGCAGAAUGUGACUCAGUGGGGCCCCAUCUCUCCCUGUCACCCGAGAGGGUGUCCACCACAUAAACAUUGCUUUUUUUUUUUUUUUUUUUUUUUGGCAAAGCUCAUUAAAAAAAAACAAAAAAAACCCUGUAACCUUGGGAAUGCCAUGCUCGGGGCCCCUCCGGGACCCUGGAAGCACCUGGCUAGAGCAGGACUCUGAAAUCCAACUCAUGUUAGCCUCACGGGAUAUCUGCGCUUGAGGAUGUCAGGGAGGGGACACCCGACAGGCGGAGGUCGAAGCCAGGAGUUGGGAAACAAAGCCCUUUCUCAGUGAGACCCCAGGAAGCCGGUUCCGGGGCCUGUCUCCCUGCCGGCUCCCAGGGCAGCUGCUGUUCAUUCUAGGACCCGGCACUUGGAAAGAGUCCAGGGCAUGACUCCUGUGUGUGUGUGAGAACUCCCGGGGCACCCGGCUCCUGGGGGGCCCUCGCCUCUCCGAAUCGUGCUGGUUUCUGGGUCUGGCUGACCGUACACUGUGAGCCCCUCGCCCAGAUGCCCAGCAGCCUCCUCAAGACGGACCCCAGCUACAUGCAGUUGGGUCAGGACAACAGAGUAGACAGAGGCAUGGCAGGGAGAUGGGGCUGGCCCAGAAGCAUGUGGGAAGGGCCCUGGGGCAGAGGGGUCCCCGGGUUAGGAACUGCGCCCCCUGGUUCGGAGAGGGGCUGAGUCGCGCAUGGGGCAUCUUGUUUGCAUUGGGCUCCGCUUCUGCGUGUUCGUUUACACUGGCAAACCCUGAAAGGGGACGUCUGUGCCUGCUUGUGCGGGGCCGCACCUGACCUGCACGCCUCGGGGCGGGCGGAGGGGAGGCAGGCAGGACACGGGGUUUCUUGGCUCAGCCCUGCACCUGCUGCGGACCCCAGCUGGCCCCUCAGUUUCCUUACUGGCACAGGGCAGGGGUGAGGCAUCGGUGUGGAGACCCAGAGCCCUCAGUGGGAGCCGUUUGGCAAGGGACGGGAGGCAUCCGAGGCAGAGCUCUGAGGAACGCGGCCUCAUCCGUGCAGGGUCCUGGGCAGCUGGCGGACCCCUCCGGCCUCCCCCUCAGCCAUCUCUGCUGAGCCGCUUAAAGGCCACGUGACUAGGAUGAUGCCUGGGGCCAUUACUCUCCAGAACAUUCUAUUUCCUAAAAGAGACGGCAUACAGGAUGGCCGAAAAACUAAGCCAACAGCGCAAAACCCACUCGUUGGAUUCUCCCUUCUUCUAGCAUCUGGGGGAAGGGGGGUUCCUGGCCAUCCCCCCUCCGAAGGUCAGCAGCCUGGGUCCCGGCCCCUUGUCCGGGACUCUGCAGCGCCGGCUGGACCCGCUGGCUGCAUCCAGCACCGGCAACCGUUGUCCCCAGCCUCUGCACGCAGGGCCAGGAGCGAGGCCAGCUGGGGGCGUGUCCUGCCGAGCUGCGUACCCUUGUCCUUCUUGGUGCCUUUAGAACCGUCUCUAGAACCGUCUCUUUCUCUGCUCGUGGAGACCUGACCGCGGCUGGAGCUGACCUGACCGCGGCUGGAGCUGAUCUGACGGCGGCUGGAGGUGACCUGACCGCGGCUGGAGGUGACAUGACCGCGGCUGGAGCUGACCAGACCGCGGCUGGAGGUGACCUGACCGCGGCUGGAGGUGACCUGACCGCGGCUGGAGCUGA